AUGGCAAAUAACAGCUCGCUGCUUGUCAGUAAUGCACCAUUAAGACGAACAAUCAAUGACCGGGUGAUUUUAGUUCAGGUUCUGGUGGCGCUUUUCCUUUGCACCAACUUAAUGCUGCUCACUGUCUUUUUUAUGAAGGAAGUCUUUUACACGUCCAUGCGGUACAUCUUAUUCGCCAACACGUUACUCUCUGAUUGUGUGAUUUUAAUUGUAACAAAUAUAUUGCUGUCCAUGAGUUAUUUUCAAGUCACCACACAGAUGUGGUUGUGUAUGAUAUUUGUCGCAGUGUCAUCUCUGUAUAAUUUUGUGACGCCUGUCACUCUGACAGCGAUGACCCUGGAGCGCUACGUGGCUAUUUGCCUGCCACUGCGUCAUGGAGAGCUGUGCUCCUCACACAGGGCUCUGCAACUUAUCCUCAUCAUCCACGGCCUCAGCAUCAUACCCUGUGUUGUGGUUAUGUUAGUUUUCUUCAUAGCUGUCAAUUUCCGUGUCUACAACCAAUACACAAUCUGCUCUGUGGAGAUGUUUAUUGUGCACAGUUGGCAGGGUCAUCUUAGAUCAGCUAUUAGUCAGUUUUAUUUCUUGAUCAUGUGCAUCACUAUUGUUUUCUCCUAUGUGAAAAUAAUGAAAGUGGCCAAAGCUGCAUCAGGAGAGAAUAAAAAGUCAACAGGGAAAGGGCUCAGGACAGUGGUUCUUCAUGCUUUCCAGCUGCUGCUCUGUCUCAUCCAGCUGUGUUGUCCAUUCAUAGAAGCAGCUGUCCUUCAGAUUGAUUUAAUGUUAUUUAUUAAUGUCAGAUACUUUAACUAUAUUAUGUUUAAUCUUACUCCAAGAUGUCUGAGUCCUCUGAUCUAUGGCCUCAGGGAUGAGGCAUUUUUUCAUGCAGUGAAAUACUAUGUUCUCUGUGGUAUGUGCAAGAACAAAUCCUUAGGUUUUACUAUUUGA